AUGCUAGCAUCACUGAGAUUCCACGUAUUUUUCAAUAUAUGUUCAGUUUCAGGAGAAACUACUGUACCGAUCAGUAUUCCAGUUAUAGACCUUGAAGGUCUUGACAAAGACGAUGUUCGACGAAAGAAGAUCGUUGAGAAGAUAGGAAAAGCUUCAGAGAGUAGUGGCUUCUUCCAAAUUAUCAACCAUGGAAUCCCUGAAAGUGUUUUGAAGGAGAUGAAAGAAGGUGUUCGGCGAUUUUUUGACCAAGAAACUGAGUUAAGUAGUUUGGGUUUAGAUUCAGUGGCAAUGACAUUGAACUCUCAAUAUCGCCGUGACCCGCUGGUUGCUUUCUCGGACGUUGCUGAACUUCAGGGGUAUGUUCGUUUGAAACAACAGUAUGAUGGGCCUCCUGCCUACCAGGCUAUUCUCUCUCAAUGUCGUGCAUUGGGCGAGUGA